UCUGCAGUAUGGUUGUUCUUUAUAUAGUCGUAGUGCUCUCUAGUAGUCGUAGAGCGGUGUCUUACAGUGCGUCUUCAUUGUCUAAUCCAGUCUUGUCUAACGUGGACAUGAACAGCCCCUUCGAGGACAUCGUCGUCCCCGGCCACCUGCUGGCCACGACAGGCCAUACCUGGUACCCGGGAUGGGAGCCCGCUCAGCCUCCCCCAGACGAGCAAGAGACCCCCCGACUGAGCCGAUCGUCCAGCUUCAGCCAGCUUCCAGAGCAGCUGCCCCGUCCCCCGCAGCCGCUCCGCCGCCGCGCCCGGAGCAGCCCGCUCACCCGAGUCCUCCUGACCGCGUCCCCGCCCCCCGCCUCCCGCCCGUCCCGCCCGGCCCGCUCAUCCCCAAGUCCACCGUCUCCGAUCUACGAAACCCCGAUCCAUUCCUCGAUGCACUCCGAUGCCUCCGAGGAAGAGAACGACGAGAUGAAUGAGAAGAACUCGAACGUGAUCCGUGCGGCGCACCUGUCCUCCAUGCUGAACAACAGCCAAGCGCCUGCGCGCCUACCGCAGCGCAGCCUGAGCAAACGGCUGGCCGCCCGCGCGCAGCGCAUGGACGUGUACGCGCUGUACGAACAGGCGAAGAAGGGCGGCGCCUCACUGCAGCGGCACUGGUCGGUCCAGUUCCUGCUCGAAUACACGGGCUACGCGCUGCUCCUGGCGUUCGUGUACUUUGUGCUCAUUGGCGUCCCGCUCUGGAACGGUGCCGUGUACUGGCUGUACUGGGUGAUCAAGACCCGGUUCGCCGUCGAGGGCGGCUGGGCGUGCAUCCUGGGGUUGUCGACGCUGUACGCCUUCUCGCCUCUGCUUAUUGCCUUUGAGCCUGCGCCGUCGCGCUACAUCGCCGACGCGGAGCGGCAUUCCGUCGAGAACACCGCCCUGCUCAUCCCCUGCUACAAGUCGGAGGCCAUUCUGGGUCCCACGUUGGAAGCUGCGCGGCGCAUCUUCCCCGCCGACCACAUCUUCGUGAUUGCCAACGGGAACAGCGCCACCCCGCUCGAUAACACAGAGCACGUCUGUCGGCUGUACGGCGUGCAUCAUGUGUGGUCGCCCGUGGGGUCGAAGAUCAUCGCGCAGUUCGUCGGCUGUUACGCAGCCAGCCGGUUCGCCAACGUGCUGCUGAUCGACGACGACUGUCUGCUCCCUCCUUCGUUCCCUGUGGUCAGCGACCGGCUGGUGGGCAGGGUGCAGUGCGUCGGGUACACGAUCAAGAGCGUCGGGCCCAACUCCUCGCGCGGGACCUGGUGCCAGCAGGCCCAGGAUGUGGAGUACAAGAUCUCGGGCCUGCAGCGGGCGUUUGCGGGGAAGAUCGGCAGCGCGAUCUUCCCCCACGGGGCAAUCUCCCUGUGGAACCGCGAGUUUCUCAAACGCACGUUCCACGAACACCCGGGCUUCAGCGUCUCCGAGGACUGGUUCUUUGGCGAUAGCUGUCGCCGUCUGGGCGGCCGCAUCACCAUGUGCAGCGCCAUCUUCGUCGAGACCGAGACCCCCUCGGCGGUCUUCUUCAGCGACGGCGGCAGUCGCGGCGGCUUUGGCGAGAUGACCAUCUUCAAGCAGCGCUUUCUACGCUGGAACUUCUUCUUCGUCAACGGCAUGUGGUACAAUCUCAAGUAUAUCCUCGGCAGCUGGUCUCUGGGCUGGUGGGAAAUUGGCACCAAGAUCUUUGUUUUUCAAGAGGUCUAUGAAACAAUUCUCUACCUUCUCACCCCCUUCAUUCUCCCCAUCUCCUUCUUCGUGAGGCCGGGCUUCUGUGGCAUGAUGUUCGGCAUCACCGUGGGCAUGUACCUGCUUAAUGUGCUCAUCUUCAACGAACUCCAUCUCCGCUGGAAGCGCGAGCGAGUGAGCUGGGGGAUUCUAUUAUUCUACUACACCCCAUAUAAACUCAUGUUGACGCUGAUCAACGUCGCAAGCUGCUAUUGGUCGCUCUACCGCUACGCCCGCUACUUUGCCCGCCGCCAUCCCAAGGUCGUCGAGGACGUCAAGGCGAUCGAGGUGGUUCUGCGGCUGGAGGGAAUCAACACAUCCACCACUUCGCUGGGGCAGACUCUCACCGUCGCCCAGGUCAAGGGCGGAGGCAAUACCUAUGCGCCAGAGGCUGUCUAUCAGUUCACGCGGGAUCGACGCCGGCUGCGCAAGUAAGCUAUGAUAUAUCAUUGUAACAUUACGGGUCGUAUUAUAGCGUCUAGAAGUACAGAAACAGGAUUGAAUAAAGUCAAUAUAUCCCAC